GGUGGCACCCGAUUUUUCAGGAUGCGUCUUCUGCCGAUGAGUCUUAUCAUGAUCCUCAGCCGGCGCUCACUUACCCAACCCACAGGCAGAACUCGACAGGACAGCGAGUGAUUCUGCUCAUAAUACACAGCUACCGACAUUUCUCUCCCCACGGUGGAAAUCCAAUAGUUCAUUCGUCGAGUUGUGCCGAGACCAUCCGCCCAUCAUGGCUUCUGAAUCCUUCGUGAUCAAAGUCCCUUCUUCCUCAGCCAAUAUUGGCCCCGGCUUCGAUGUAAUCGGCCUUGCGCUAUCGGUAUACCUCGAGCUGCACGUCACUAUCGACCGUUCGAAACCCGAACCCUCGAAACUCCCCCUCAACUGUCGAAUCACCUAUGAGGGCCAAGGUGAGGGGUCUCCAGAUAUCAGCCUCGACCCCUCCUCCAACCUCAUCACCCGAGUCGCCCUCUAUGUUCUACGCUGCCACGGCCAGCGCACCUUCCCGGCAGAAACCCACGUUCACAUCGUCAACCCCAUCCCCUUGGGUCGCGGCCUGGGGAGCUCCGGCUCCGCUGUUGUCGCCGGCGUCAUGCUCGGCCACGAGGUCGGUCACCUUCAACUCGACCUCGACAGGUUAUUCGAUUUUUGUCUCAUGAUCGAGAGACACCCGGAUAAUGUAGGAGCCUCGCUUUACGGCGGCUUUGUCGGGACUUAUCUCCGUCCUCUCAAGCCCGAGGACGUCCAACGAAUUGAGAUCCCCCUAUCGGAGGUCCUCCCCGCGCCGGCCGGCGGCGUCGAUACGGGCGAGACCCCUCCGGAGCCCCCGUACGGCAUCGGGCACCACAUCAAAUUUCCUUGGGCCACGGAGAUCAAGGCCGUCGCCAUCAUCCCUGACUUUCAGGUCCCCACCCACCUCGCUCGCUCGGUGCUCCCCCCGCAUUACUCUCGUCCCGACGUUACCUUUAAUAUGCAGCGCAUCGCACUCUUGCCUGUUGCCCUAGGCACCUCACCACCGGACCCCGAACUCAUCCAUCUCGCCAUGCAGGACAAAGUCCAUCAGCCCUACCGACAGACUCUGAUCCCUGGCCUAGGGGAGGUCGUCCAGUCAAUGUCCCCGAGCUCCCAGCCAGGUUUCCUUGGUGUCUGCCUGUCUGGAGCCGGACCCACCAUCCUAGCCCUUGCCACCGGCCACUUCGACGAGAUCGCCGAGCGCAUCAUCAAGAUCCUCAAGGCUGCCAACCCCAAGGAGAUUGACUGUCAGUGGCGCGUGCUGGAGCCGGCUGACGGGGCCCAGGUCAUCCGCAGGUAG